AUGCAGACCUCGCUCCCGCGGCGCGUCCGCAAGAAAGACAACUGGUUCUUUCGAUCUGAACCAGCAGCACCCGAUGGCGUAAAGGAGAAGAAGCUGUCAGACGUUGAUCAGCGCCAUGCGAAUGCCGUCGCCUGGCUGCAUACAUGGACUCCCAAGCGCUUCCCUACGAUCAAGGCCGAAUUCGCGUAUAACGACGAUAUACAGGCGCAGCAGAAUAAGAGGGUUGACGAGCUCCAAGAGACUAUUCUCCGCUUCUGCGAUCUCGUCGACGUGGGCCUGAUGCGCGAACAAGAACGAGCGGAGCUUCACGACGCAAAAGCAACGAUUAUGGAACGGGUUUCUGAUAUUGUCAAGGCUGGGGAGGAACCGUAUAUUCGACUCCUGUGUGACUAUGGCUUCGUUCUAGACGCCGUCGCCAUUGCAUCGACGAAGAUAGAGACCAAGCAGCAGGAAAAUGAACAGGCUGAGCCGAGACGAGCGGCGGAGGACGACCGAGCGGCAAACGAAGUAGCUGACGAUAGCAAGGUUGAAGAGUACCAGGGCAACAAUGAGAACGACCACUCUAGUGAAGACAGCGCACACGACGAGGAUGAGGGCGACGAGUCGGACGAUGAGCUAGCCAACGUCUACCGGGCUUUACAAGAGACUAGGCCACGUCUUAGAAAGAGGCGGAAGAGCUCGUUUGUCGACACAGACGAAGAAGCCGAGGCCGCAGUCAAGGCGUGGAGACGACGCUCCAGUAUAGAGCGCAGUCGUCAAGGUCACAAGCGCCGCUCGACCGGGAACAGCCUAGGCUCGUCUGAUAGCUUCUCCAGGGCCACCGGGGCUUUUCGGGUAGAAAAUCCUCUGCGAGUAACCAGGACUUCCUCGUCAAGUUUGACGCCAGGGUCGAGACCUGGUUCGGACUAUCUCUUUCAACACGUGCAGAGUCGAGAGGCUCGGGAGGACAUGUGGGCAGCACUGUUCGGUCCAGGCUCGCCUAUGCCCAACCUGUCUCAGCCCAACGAAUCUAGCAAGGCUCGUAGAGAAGCGAUCGAACAAGCUAUAGAAGACGCAAAUCGCCGGGCGCAAGAGGAGGCGGAGGCUGAGGCGGAGGAAGAACAGGAAGAAGAGAGGCGGAGAUCUGGCUUCCGUGGUGAACUUGGUAGAUCAAGAUGGGGCAGCGACAGCAGACAUUACAGCGGCGGUCAUGUCACAAGCCCAACAAAGAAAGACAGACUUGAGCUCUACUUGGCGCCGGCCACGACAUUGGAUCUUGAAAGCAGCCCUUGCUUUGACAAAUUGGGACCACCGCCUGUGAACCCCAGCGCUACGCACGGUGGCCUACCGGAGGAAUUGCCGCUGCCUGAUGGUAGUGAAGACACGGACAGCACCUCGAGUGACUCUGAAGCGUAUAGACUCUCACCGAUCCUCGAGCAAGUCGACUCGGAGGCUGAGCUUGCUCCCGCCCAAACCCUCGAGGAGAAGAUUCAGGCGUUUCGCAAACUCAUGCCGUCGCCGAGCCAGCGACAUCUGCACCGCAGCCGCAGCAACUCGCUACCGGCCAUCCUCAAUGUCGAGCAAGUCAGCACUUCGGUAUCAGAAGCUGCGAGCGUCCCACAGGCAGCCGCAUCUGUCAAUCCUGUCACGGCGGCUCCCUUGCGUUCUCGCCUCCUGGCUUUCAUGCAGGAGCAGCAGGCAGCAUGGGUUUCUGUACUUUGGUUCCUACUCGCAUCCGUGUUUCGAAGUAUGGCGCGGCCUUUCUCCGUCGUUCUCGCGUGGGACCUGGAUUGGUGUCAGCCACCGCCUCUGGACCUGACAGCCCUUUCGACUGUGCUGACACACAUGUCCAUCCUCGUGUUUGGGUUUCAGGUACAGAUAUGGCUCGCUCUGCGUACGGAACGCAAGAUCUGGCUGGGGGCGAAUCGUGACACGCGGGCGUAUCUACUCGACAUUAUUCGAGAAGAUCCGUCUUGGUGGUGGCUCCCAGGCGUGAACCCAAAGCUGAUGCUGCGAUGGAGUGAGCUGUGGGGGAGCCUGUGGCUCGCCGUUCUCUGCUGCUGGGUUUGGUUGUCCAUUCUUCAUGCUGGACGUACUCGGAUCAAGUGA